AUGUCAUGGAAUAGUAAUGAUGGAACGAAGGCUCAGCAAGAGUCUACAGCCCUAUCGGAUGUCUUUUAUAUUCAAUCUACUGGAACGAAGGCUCAACAAGAGCCUACAGCCCUAUUGGAUCUUCCCAUUCCCCUUUCUCUCUUGUAUGCACAUAUUCCGCCUCGGCCUGCUCGUCGACAAUGCCAUCAUUCCUUGACCUCGAUCCAAAGGGAGAGGAGGGCUUGUGAGACUUGGAGAACGAAGCGAAGCGAAGUCAUAGAAAUUCAGAGAGGAUCGACAAAGUUGAGUCGACUGAACAAACGAAGCGAAGCGGCAAUUCCCCAUUACGUUCUCAUGUACAACCCUAAGCUUGUCUGGGUCAUUGAGGUACUCAAGGUGUGGACAAGGCUGCAAGUACUGCUGGCAGUAUGGACUAAAGAAGAACUUGAUGCAAUCAAAGCUAGUCAGCCUAAACUCUACGAUGAUCGGCCUUCUAAAAAAAAAGAAGAAUAA